AUGGUGGGUUGCGUGGAAGCAGCCAAAAUUUUUACAGUUGAGGAUUUGAAGAAGGCGACGAACAACUAUGCCAAUGAUAGAAUUCUUGGUCGUGGUGGAAAUGGAAUUGUCUAUAAAGGUAUUUUGCCUGAUAAUCGCGUAGUUGCAAUUAAAAAAUUUAAGUUUGUGGACGAGGAUCAAAUUGAACAGUUCAUCAAUGAGGUGCUUAUUCUUACUCAAGUCAACCACAGAAAUGUAGUGAGACUCUUUGGCUGCUGUUUGGAAGCUGAGGUGCCUUUACUAGUUUAUGAAUAUGUUUCUCAUGGAACUCUUUAUGAGCAUAUCCACAAUCAAAAUGGAGAGCCAUGUAUGUCUUUGCAAAAUCGACUACGAAUAGCUGCAGAGACAGCAAGUUCACUUGCUUACCUUCAUUCAUCUGCAUCGAUGCCAAUAAUUCAUAGAGAUGUCAAAUCUACUAACUGUUGA